GCGGACCACGCCCCGCGCAGUCCCGCGCGGAGUCCGCGGCUGGCAGUCAGCGCUCGCACCAUGCCCACCAACUUCACUGUGGUGCCCGUGGAGGCGCGCGCGGGCGUCGGCGGGGCCGGGGCCGGGGACGAGGCGGUGGAGCGCACCGAGGCGCCAGGGAUCCCCGCGGACGGCGAGCCUGAGCGCCCCAGCUGGGGCGAUGGGACGCCCCGGGAGAGCAGCCCGUUCAUCAGCACUGUUGACGUGGAGCGGGAGAGCUACUACGAAGGGAGGAACAUGGCGCUCUUUGAGGAGGAGAUGGACAGCAACCCCAUGGUGUCCUCCCUGCUGAACAAGCUGGCCACCUACACCAACCUGAGCCAGGGUGUGGUGGAGCACGAGGAGGAUGAGGACAGCAGGCGGCGGGAGGCCAAGGCCCCGCGCAUGGGCACCUUCAUUGGCGUCUACCUGCCCUGCCUUCAGAACAUCCUGGGCGUGAUCCUCUUCCUGCGCCUGACCUGGAUCGUGGGGAUGGCGGGCGUGCUGGAGUGCCUGCUUAUCGUGUCCGUGUGCUGUACCUGCACGCUGCUGACUGCCAUCUCCAUGAGCGCCAUCGCCACGAACGGCGUGGUCCCAGCUGGGGGCUCCUACUACAUGAUAUCUCGGUCACUGGGGCCUGAGUUUGGGGGCGCUGUCGGCCUCUGCUUCUACCUGGGCACCACAUUUGCGGGGGCCAUGUACAUCCUGGGGACCAUCGAGAUCUUCCUGACCUACAUCUCCCCGGGAGCCGCCAUCUUCCAGGCAGAGGCUGCAGGCGGCGAGGCCGCGGCCAUGCUGCACAACAUGCGGCUCUAUGGCACCUGCACGCUGGCCCUCAUGGCCGUGGUGGUCUUCGUGGGUGUCAAGUACGUCAACAAGCUGGCCCUGGUCUUUCUGGCCUGCGUGGUGCUGUCCAUCCUCGCCAUCUAUGCUGGUGUCAUCAAGACCGCCUUCGACCCGCCUGACAUCCCGGUCUGCCUCCUGGGGAACCGCACGCUGGCAAAGCGUGGCUUCGACACUUGCGCUAAGGCUCAAGCCGCGCUCUGGGGCCUCUUCUGCAACGGCUCCAGCCCCAGCGCCACUUGCGACCAGUAUUUCACGCAGAACAAUGUCACCGAGCUCCAGGGCAUCCCCGGCGUGGCCAGUGGCGUCCUCCUGGAGAACCUGUGGAGCACAUACUCGGACAAGGGUGCCUUCCUGGAGAAGGAGGGUGUGCCCUCGGUGCCGGUGCCUGAGGAGAGCCGCGCCGCCGGGCUGCCCUAUGUGCUGACGGACAUCGUGACCUACUUCACCAUGCUGGUUGGCAUCUACUUCCCCUCGGUCACCGGUAUCAUGGCAGGGUCCAACCGCUCUGGGGACCUCAAGGACGCACAGAAGUCCAUCCCCACGGGGACCAUCCUGGCCAUCAUGACCACGUCUCUCAUUUAUCUCUCCUGCAUCGUGCUCUUUGGGGCCUGCAUCGAAGGUGUCGUCUUACGAGAUAAGUUUGGGGAGGCGCUGCAGGGGAACCUGGUCAUCGGCAUGCUGGCCUGGCCGUCCCCCUGGGUCAUUGUCAUCGGCUCCUUCUUCUCUACCUGUGGCGCUGGCCUGCAGAGCCUGACCGGGGCACCUCGCCUGCUGCAGGCCAUUGCCCGUGACGGCAUCGUCCCCUUCCUGCAGGUGUUUGGCCACGGGAAAUCCAACGGGGAGCCCACCUGGGCCCUGCUGCUCACGACCCUCAUCUGCGAGACUGGCAUCCUCAUCGCUUCGCUGGACAGCGUGGCCCCCAUCCUGUCUAUGUUCUUCCUCAUGUGCUACCUGUUUGUGAACCUGGCCUGCGCCGUGCAGACGCUGCUUCGCACACCCAACUGGCGCCCACGCUUCAAGUACUACCACUGGACACUGUCCUUCCUGGGCAUGAGCCUGUGCCUGGCCCUGAUGUUCAUCUGUUCCUGGUACUAUGCCCUCUUCGCCAUGCUCAUCGCUGGCUGCAUUUACAAGUACAUCGAAUACCGUGGGGCCGAGAAGGAGUGGGGUGACGGCAUCAGGGGUCUGUCACUGAACGCCGCCCGCUAUGCCCUGCUGCGCGUGGAGCAUGGGCCGCCCCACACCAAGAACUGGAGGCCCCAGGUGCUGGUGAUGCUGAACCUGGAUGCAGAGCAGGCCGUGAAGCACCCACGCCUGCUGUCCUUCACCUCGCAGCUGAAGGCCGGCAAGGGCUUGACCAUCGUGGGCUCCGUGCUGGAGGGCACCUUCCUGGACAAGCACGCGGAGGCGCAGCGAGCCGAGGAGAACAUCCGGGUGCUGAUGGGCGUGGAGAAGGCCAAGGGCUUCUGCCAGCUGGUGGUGUCCUCCAGCCUGCGGGACGGCAUGUCCCAGCUGAUCCAGUCGGCCGGCCUGGGCAGCAUGAAGCACAACACCGUGCUCAUGGCCUGGCCCCAGGCCUGGAGGCAGGCGGACAAUCCCUUCUCAUGGAAGAACUUUGUCGACACCGUCCGCGACACCACGGCUGCGCACCAGGCCCUGCUGGUGGCCAAGAACAUCGACGGGUUCCCCCAGAACCAGGAGCGCCUGGGUGAGGGUUCCAUCGACGUGUGGUGGAUCGUGCACGACGGCGGCAUGCUCAUGCUGCUGCCCUUCCUGCUGCGCCAGCACAAGGUGUGGCGCAAGUGCAGGAUGCGCAUCUUCACGGUGGCCCAGGAGGACGACAACAGCAUCCAGAUGAAGAAGGACCUGCAGAUGUUCCUGUACCACCUCCGAAUCAGCGCCGAGGUCGAGGUGGUGGAGAUGGUGGAGAACGACAUCUCCGCGUUCACCUACGAGAAGACGCUCAUGAUGGAGCAGAGGUCCCAGAUGCUGCGGCAGAUGCAGCUGUCGAAGACCGAGCAGGAGCGAGAGGCCCAGCUGAUCCAUGACCGGAAUACUGCAUCCCACACCUCGGUGGCCACCAGGCCCCAGGCCCCGCCGAUGCCAGACAAGGUGCAGAUGACCUGGACGAAGGAGAAGCUGACAGUGGAGAGGCACAGAGACAAGGGCGCAGGCGGCGCCGUGGGGUUCAAGGACCUCUUCAGCCUGAGGCCGGACCAGUCCAAUGUCAGGAGGAUGCACACGGCCGUGAAGCUCAACGGUGUCGUCCUCAGCAAGUCCCAGGAUGCCCAGCUGGUCCUGCUGAACAUGCCGGGGCCUCCCAAAAACCAGCAGGGUGAUGAGAACUACAUGGAGUUCCUGGAGGUGCUGACCGAGGGGCUGAACAGGGUGCUCCUGGUCAGGGGCGGCGGCCGCGAGGUCAUAACCAUCUACUCCUGAGGCCAGCACCACCUCCGGGAACUGCAGAGCUGUCCCCUGGUCCCCUCCUGCAGAGACCUGGGCAGCACGGGAGGCAGGGUGGCCUGGGAAGGGGCAGUGCUGGUGCCAGUGCCCGUGUCCAGGACUCCUGCUCCUCGGGCUGUCCAGUGCCUGGACAGUCACUGCCCACCUCCCAGCGGGGGUGCUCACCAGAUGCCACUGUGCCCUGGGGCUGGGGCUCGCGGGUCCCCACCUCCUGGUCUCCCGAGCAGCUCCGCACCUGGCAGAGCACUGACGACCACCGCCCUCUUCCCCAUGUCAGUACCCAUGCUGUCCACGCUGCAGGGCAGGGCAGGGCACAGGCCACCUGGGGCCGCCUGCCUGAAGGGGAGCGGGCGGGAGGACGCAGGCCUCGGCCUCUGCCAGGGGCUCAGCCCCACCUCUUCUCUCCCUGAGCACUGAUGGUGCCUGAGGGCACCAGGCUGUGGGACCGUGCAGGGCGGGAACGCCAAGGUUUCUCCAUGCUGCCCAAGGCGGCAGCCCUCCUGCCCUGCUCGAAAGGCCCUGUCUCACCUCUUACCCUCUGGAAAGGACACUCAGCCGCGGCCAGGGUUGUCUGGGCGGGAUGUACCUGGCCGUGUCCCUGUGUCUCGUGUGGGACAGGCUCUCAGUACCUCUCAAGGGCCAGACAGUUUGCACUUUAGCUUUGAGCUUUCUGCUUUGUAGGUUAGUCAUGGUCCUAGCAGCGAUUUGUGCCUUGCUCUCUGUAGGCCAUAUUUAUUUAUUUAACACCUGGGGGCAGUGUCCUGAUAAUCACGUCUACGUGGGAAGGCCAGGGGCCAGGUACGUGGCCUUCGCUGGCACAGGGCAGUGGGUGAGCUUGGACCAGAGCAGUUUCUGAGCUGUCAGGUGCCUGGCAGGUCAGCUCCCAGGGGGCGGCUGCUGCCCAGUGUGUGUCCCGGCCAGCACAGGGCCCAGGCUCCUCGACCUCUGCUUGCUUGGCUCUGAGACCCCAGUGGCUGCACCCCAGCAAGGAGCAGGUGGGGAGCAGAGAAGCAGGUGGUUCGUGGCCCAGUUCCCGAGCUGUGCCUGUGUGGGACACAUGGUCCCCUUCACCUACGAGCCUUGGCUGCAUCCAUUCAGACUCCCAUGUUCUCCUUUUAUAGCCUGUCUUUGUACGAUGCUGUCAGUAGAAUAAAGUCCUGUGAACUCCUA